UCAUUAAAGUAAAAAGAAAUCAACAACAUUUCCCCUUCACAUUUCGUGUGCUGCCUGCAAAAAUUCAGACUACCUUGAGGUUUUUACACACCAUCUAAGGAUGUUUCGUCCAUGCCUCAUCUUCCUAAGCAUCGUUGUAACCUGGGCUCUAGAUUGCAAUAAACCAGUUGGUAUUGGAGAUGGAACACUCUCAGAUUCAGCGAUGACUGCAAAUUCCGAGAUCAAUAAAUGGCAUGGAGCUAGGGAAGGAAGGUUAAAUAACUAUAAAGGAAAACCAGGAAAUCCAGGGGUUGGCGCUUGGUGUGCGGACAAAAAGGAUUCUAACCAAUAUCGUUAUAUACAGUUCGACUUGGGUUCCGUGCGUAAAAUUGGAAAGAUCGCCACUCAGGGUCGUAACACGUCAUCGUUCCAAUACGUUAAAAGUUACAGAAUACUUUACAGCGAGUCUGGCAACGUAUUCUCGGGAAUAAGAGAUAUAAAUCAGAACGAAGUGGUAUUUGCUGGCAACACAGACAAAAAUUCAAUUGUGACGAAUGAUAUACCUAGUGCUGGAAGAAAUAUUAAGGCCAGGUACAUUCAAGUGAUUCCCGUUGACUUCAGGGCUAACAUUUGCAUGCGUUUUGAGCUCUACGAGUGUGUGGAGUCGGUGCCCACAACUUCUGCUCCCCCACCAGCCACGACUAGUCCUCCAGUUGCUUGUCCUGAUGGAUACCGCUUGGGAGCAGAUAAUAGGACGUGUGAAGACAUUGACGAAUGUGCUGAGCAAUCAAGUAAAUGUAAUCAGUACUGUCACAACACAAAUGGUAGCUAUGACUGCAGCUGCCAACAGGGAUUCAAACUUGACACGGACCAGCGAACGUGUAUAGACAUCAACGAAUGCUCAGAAAGUAAUGGCGGCUGCAGUCAGCUGUGUGAAAACACGGCUGGAACCUUUAAUUGUAAGUGCCGUGAUGGCUUCAGAUUGCAAAAUGACGGGAAGACAUGCAAAGACAUCGACGAAUGUGCAGAAAGCAUUGAUUUGUGUACUCAGAACUGUCAUAAUACCGAGGGAAGUUAUACCUGCAGCUGUAACGCUGGAUACAGACUCGCCUCGAACAAGUACACUUGCGAAAACAUCGAUGAGUGCCAGGAAGGUACUUCUGGAUGCAACCAGAUCUGCACAGAUACCCUAGGAAGCUUCAAAUGUAGCUGUAGGACCGGUUACAAACUGAAGUCAGACAUGAAGACUUGUGAAGAUAUAGAUGAGUGUCUGGACAGUAAUGGGGGAUGCAGUGACACUUGUCAAAAUUUGGUGGGUUCGUACAUUUGCACCUGUCCUAACGGCUACCAACUUGAUGGAACUGGAAAGAAAUGCAUUGACAGAAAUGAGUGCGCUCUUGCAAACGGUGGAUGUCAACACACCUGUGAGAACAGUGUUGGUAGCUUCUCAUGCUCCUGUAACGAUGGGUAUAAACUCAAUUCUGAUGGCUUAACUUGCUCAGACAUCGAUGAAUGCUCAGAUGGUUCAGCACAGUGUGACCCAAAAAGCACCACUUGUAAUAACCUUAUACCUGACUAUGAAUGCAAGUGUAAACCAGGAUACAUUGUGAUAAGCAAUGAUAAAUACAAGUGCAAAGCUCCAACUUGCCCAGCACUUGUCCAAUCAAUGGGAACCACCGUUUUUCCAUCAACUUGCCUACAAGAUCAGGUCAUGGAGGCCGGCGAUUUGUGUAAAUUCAGCUGCACCGACGGAUUCGAGCUGCCAGAUAACGAAGAUACCCUCAUCUGCCUAGCUACCGGAAACUGGAAUGCAUCAAUAAUAAACUGCAAAAGAGUAAGCUGUCCUAAGCUGGUUGCUCCCGCAAAUGGAAAGCUGAAUCCAGAUACUUGUGCUUCUGAAGGAGGCCAUUAUCAAGGAAAGUGCGGGUACGUUUGUAACAGUGGUUAUACCUUGUCAGGGGUUCAGAUCAAGAAUUGCCUGAGCAGUGGACAAUGGGACAGCCAGGAAGAACCAACAUGCAUUCAAAGCUAUCAGGAUCCUUAUAUAACAUGUCCAGAUAACGUGCAAGUUGAUCUUUCUCCUGGUGCCAAUGAAGCAGACGUUUCGGCCUUGCUCCAGGAUCCCACGUCCAAUCAACCACCUUCCAGAAUAACAAUCACACCGGCAGAGUACUUCAAAGACAAAAUGUUUCCAGCCGGCACAACGUUUUUGAAUUACGUGGCAACAAACGAAGUCGGAAAAACAGCCCAGUGUCAGACUGUGAUCAUCGUCGUCGACAAAGAACCUCCAAAAACAGACAAUUGCCCAGACAGUAUAUAUGAAACCACAACGAGUAACAGCAAAGCUAUAAGUUGGACCCCACCAAAAUUUACCGACAAUGUGGCAGUUGUGAAAGUGGCUUCUGAUAAGAACCCAGGAAACACUUUUUCCCUCGGCUCUACAAAUGUGAAAUACGAAGCCACAGAUGCUGCGAGUAACAGAGGAACUUGCACGUUUGUAGUCCAUCUUAAAAAAAUCGGAUGCACACAGCCUAAAAACCCAGAUAACGCUAAGCUGAACUGUUUUGGUAGCUUCUGUACCAUCCAAUGUGACCCAAAUAAGAAACUUUUCAAAAUGGCUUUUUACGUAUCGUGUUCAACCACGACGUUGACGUGGGAUGAAAUCCCUGACUGCGUAGAUUACGCACAGCCGGAUGCCGAAGGUUCCUGUUCUAGCGGCUUUGUAAAACAAGGAGCAAUAAAUGGUGCAAUCCCAGAAUCCAUCUGUGUGAAAUGCCCGAGAGGUUACUUCUACGAUACUAAUACAAAAACGUGCGAGCCAUGUCAAAUCGGCUACAUAAGUAAAGCGGAAGGCUCAAUGCAGUGCGAAGCAUGUCCGGCAAACAGUUCAACUUUAGAAGUUGGAUCCAAAGUUUGCACAGCUCAGUGUUACGCUGGUCAUUUCUCCAACUCAGGGUUUGAUCUGCAAGCAGAUCUUGAACCCUGCGAGCCCUGUCAAGCUUCCUAUUACCAACCUGAAGUUGGCAAAAAAAGUUGUGAGAAGUGCCCUAAUGGUACCACCACCCUCGGCACGGGAUCAACAUCUGUCGCUUCCUGUGGAGGACCACCGAAGAUCACACGAUUCGAACCUAACCCUACCAAUGCAACCGAAAGAUUUCCGACCCAGUUUGAAUGCUACGGAGAAGGAUUACCUCUGCCUUCUUUUAAGAUCACCAAGGUUAAACCGGCACCAGAUGGUUUUGGAGGCCCGUUUACUCAGGAGUACAUCAAAGGUCCGGAUGGCAACCAGAUUGGUAUUCGUCACAUCAUCAGCAAGGUUACUGAGCACGAUGCUGGCGCUUACGAGUGCAAACUGGAGAAUAGGUUUGGCGCUGAUCAGAAGUACCUGUCUGUGAAUGUUAAACUCAACUUCGAUGUUGGAAAGCGCCGCCGUCGUCGUCGUCGUCGUCAACAAAUAUUACACUCUGCUUGAUAAAAAAAAACAGUUACGGGAGCAAUACAACAUGAUUUGAAAUACAAAUUAAAGCUCGUCUAACUGAA